GGAGGGUUGGAUGGAAGGGAUCCAGCCUGCUCCUGCUGCUGCGGCUCCUGCUGCACUACAAGACGCUGUCAGCAGCAGAGCUCUGCACGCAGAUAGAUGUCUGAGCAGAGCAAGGCGAGUAACAUGUUCACCGAGGACUCACAUCAUCAAAAAGACCGGAAUCUGAGCAGAUAGGACAAAGACACUCAGCAGUGAGAAUUCUGAUCAGCUUUGGAGAUGAACAGCUGCCAACUGUGGGAUUUGAAGAUGUGGGCGUUGGUGGGGGUAUUCUGUCUGUGCCACUGUGUCUUUGGACAGCUGUUUGACGCCAAGCUGAAAGGAGCGCCACGUCUGAUCUGCAGCGUCGCCGGGUCACCUGGCCUGCCUGGCAAACCUGGUCCCAGCGGGCCCCCAGGAGCAGAUGGGAAUGUGGGUAUCCCAGGAAGAGAUGGCAGAGAUGGCAGGAAGGGUGAAAAGGGAGAAAAGGGAGACACAGGGUUGAAGGGCAGGGUUGGCCCAACAGGUAAGAUUGGAGACAGAGGUGACCGUGGCCCUGCAGGGAAACGAGGCCCCACAGGAGAGAAGGGAGAAGUGGGCCCACCUGGUCCUCCAGGCCGUGAAGGACAGAAAGGGAACAAGGGCCAACAAGGGCCACAUGGCACUCCAGGAAUCUGCAAAUGUGGCAGCCUGCUGCCUAAAUCUGCCUUCUCUGUGGGAAUAACCAGCAGUUACCCUGCAGAGAAGACCCCCAUCAAGUUCAAUAAGGUUCUGUUUGAUGAGGGUGGACACUAUAACCCACAAACAGGCAAAUUUAUCUGUGCAUACCCAGGCAUUUAUUAUUUUUCAUAUGACAUUACACUGGCCAACAAACACCUGGCUAUUGGUCUGGUGCAGAACGGCCAGUAUCGCAUCAAAACCUUUGAUGCCAACACAGGAAAUCACGACGUGGCGUCUGGGUCCACUGUAAUAUACCUGAACCCAGAAGAUGAGGUGUGGCUGGAAAUCUUCUACCAUGACCAGAAUGGUUUAUUUGCAGACCCUGGCUGGGCUGACAGCUUGUUCUCUGGCUUCCUCCUCUACGCUGACACAAACUACUUUGACACACUGGCAGAGGACUAUGCAUAGAACCUGGAUAACACAAAACUAAAGUAAAAACUGCUAGUCACUGUUGUUUUGGUCAAACUAUAUUUUUAUACAAAUGUUUGUACUGCUAGUUAUUGUAUUACCAUAGAGACUUAUCUACUGAUCAUAUGAUUUGAUAAAGCUUGAAUGAGUUUCUGAAUUGUUUGUUAAGGGUGGGAGUCAUUAAUAAGUUAAAUAAACAUUGCUGACAUGUA